UUGAGAUAAUUUAGUAAAAAUAUUAAGUUAUCAAUGGCAUCGACAAAUGGAGGUAGACAUCGUUUGGAUAAGAAAAACUCGAGUUUGUUGUUCAUGCAAAUGACCCCUCCUCAUGGAUGGAAGGAGGAUUCGCACUUUCACUAUUUGCGUAUAACUCUUCCCGGAUUUAAAACAAAUAAUGUCACUAUACACAUGGACAAGUAUGGUCAUCUGGUGGUUCGUGGAGAUAGACAAAUAAGUGAGCACAAGUACAUAAGCUUCGAAGAGACAUUCGAUGUUCCAAAAAAUGGUGAUCUCGAAAAUGCUAGUGGAGUGUUCGAAAAUGAUCAAGUUUAUUGCAUCACUAUUCCGAAGAAACAACAACAACAACAACAACAAAACGGGCGCAAAAAGGAAGAAAAAAAGAAACAAAGAGAUGUUCAUCCCAACCCAUAUGAUCAAACUCAAAACAAAUCAUUCUUCAAGAACAAGCUUGCUACUUUCAUCAUUGUUCUUCCAAUUCUUGCUCUAGUUGUGGGUUUAAUUCUCAAAUUUAGCCAUGAAUAAUUUUUAAAAUAUAUUUUUAUAUAUGUAUGUAUUUCUAAUUAUUAUAUCCUCAAUCGAUCCAAUGAACAAUAACCCACAAUUUCAUCUUAACCACACAAUAUAUUCUCUAAUUUGAUACAAACCAAUAAAAUAAAGAACAAACAUAUUGUGAGGUGCUAAGCUUUUCUUCGGACAGAUAAAAAUGGUUUCCCACCAAAAUCAUGUAUAAAUAAUAUUUGUAUCAUUCUUAA